UCCGGCCGGCAGUUCCUGCUCCGCGAGCGAUGGCCGCCCCGGGUACCGCGGGUCCUAAGAAGCUGGAAUGAAGAUGGAAGGAACUAGACAAACAAGAAUUUCUCGCCCACGUAAGAUAAGUGAAUCCUCAAAGGUAUACAAAUGCACCGACCACGCCGACGCCGUUCUUCGGAGCCUGAAUGAGCAGCGACACCAAGGCUUCUUCUGCGACGUUGUUCUGGUUGUGGAUGAGCAGCGAGUCCCGGCCCAUCGGAACAUCUUAGCCGCCUGCAGCGACUAUUUCAACUCCAUGUUCACCCUCGGCAUGCGAGAGGCCUACCAGAGAGAGGUGGAGCUCUUUGGGGCGUCCUACCUCGGGCUCAAGGCCAUCGUGGACUUCCUCUAUGGCUGCGAUCUGUCCCUCAACGGCGGAAACAUCGACUACAUCCUGGAAACAGCCCACCUGCUGCAGAUCUGGAAGGUGGUGGACUUCUGCUGCGAGUACUUGGAGAACGAAGUCAACGAGGAGAACUACCUGUACCUGCAAGAGCUGGCUCUGAGCUACAGCCUCCAGCACCUGGACGCGUACAUCGACGCGUUCAUCUUGAGGAACUUUGGCACGCUGUCCUUCACGCCGGCCUUCCUGCAGAACGUUUCUGGCCGCAAGCUGUGCCAGUACCUUGGCAGCAGCGACGUCCAGCAGGAGUGUGAGCACGACUUGCUGCAGGCCGCGCUGCAGUGGCUGACGCAGGAUCCGGAGAGGGAAUGCGAGGCCUGCCGGGUCUUGGAAAACAUCCACUUCCCCUUGAUCCCGAAGAGCGAUCUUCUGCACCGGGUCAAGCCCGCCAUCUGCGCUCUUCUCCCGAAGGAGAGCAAGUGCGAGGGCUUUGUGGAAGAGGCGGUCUAUUACCACAACCACGUGGCGGCUCAGCCAGCCCUCCAGAACGAGCGGACCGCGCUCCGUGGGAGCACGGAGAAGCUCCUCUUCGUCGGCGGGGAGGUGUCGGAGCACAGCUUGGAGCUGAGCGACGACACCUGCUUCUUGGACACCCAGGAAGGGCGGUGGGUGCGGGAGACGCCGCUGCCGGCGAGACGGAGCCACCACGGUGUCGCGGUGCUCGGGGGCUUCAUCUUCAUCGCCGGCGGGAGUUUUUCUCGAGACAAUGGUGGGGACGCGGCCUCCAAUCUUCUAUAUAGGUAUGACCCUCGGUGUAACCAGUGGAUCAAGCUUGCCCCGAUGAGGCAACGCCGAGUGGAUUUCUAUCUGGCCGCUGUCAAACGCAUCCUGGUGGCCGUUGGUGGAAGGAACGAGAACGGGGCACUUUCAUCCGUGGAGAUGUACAGCCCCGAGAAAGACACGUGGUCCUACGUGGCCGGGUUGCCAAGGUUUACUUAUGGGCACGCUGGUGCUGUCCACAACGAAUUUGUUUAUAUCUCAGGAGGCCACGAUUACCAAAUUGGCCCCUAUCGGAAAAACCUGCUGUGCUACGACUAUCGCACGGACGUGUGGGAGGAGAGGCAGCCCAUGAUCACCGCCCGCGGCUGGCACAGCAUGUGCACCGUGGGUGACAGCAUCUUCUCCAUCGGGGGCAGCGACGACUACCUGGAGACGAUGGCCCGCUUUGACAUUCUGGCAGUGGAAUCGUACAGCCCACAGUGCGAUCAGUGGACCACAGUGGCCCCUUUACUGCAAGCUAGCAGCGAGUCCGGAGUGGCCACCUGGGAAGGCAAGAUCUACAUCCUUGGAGGGUACAGCUGGGAAGACACCGUCUUCUCCAGAACCGUCCAGGUGUACGACAAGGAGAAAAACAAGUGGCAGAAAGGGACAGAUCUUCCCAAAGCCAUCGCUGGGGUUUCUGCGUGUGUGUGCAUGCUAAAGCCCAGGUCAGGGGAUAAAAAGAGAAGGGCCAAACCCAAAUGGCAUAAGGACCAAGAAAGGUGACACGGGCCAGCUUUGGAGAAGGUCCGUGUGCCUCUACUCAAUCUCCCAAAUUUUGAGAACAGCUUUGAAUUUUGUUCUGAGAAGUAUUUUCUCUGACGGGCCAGGGAGGGACGUUUUGACCUUAUGCCCUUGACUGACUCUCUGUUCACUGGAUCACCUGGGUUGUAGGACCAAGUCUGCUUGAAGAUAAAACAACAUACCCCUCAAAUAGUUGCUCCAAGGAGCUAAAGAAUUCUGGGAAAUGAAAGACAGAAGCCGAGUUUGUCCCAAUAGCUGGAAUCAAGGUUUCCCAGUCUCAUUUUCCAGACAAAGGUGUAGGAUUAGGGAAUUCCUUAACUACAUUUUGGUUUAGACUCAACCAAGCAUAUUAGAAAAUGAGCUGAAGGGGGAAUGAGAGUUAGCAAGGGCAGGCACACCAAGUAUUAAAACAUACCUUUGGCACUCCGGAAAUAGUCCCCUCAACUUGAAAGGGAUGAAACACAAAAUGUUCUGCAGGCCGAUUUCAAAAUCACGGCCUUUUCAACUGGGCCAGUUCCCUGAAAAAAGUAUUGUGUGAUAAAAUAUGGGGAACUUGUUUUGUCCCAAAUUAUUUAUCUGUGGCUAUCGGAUGGUGCAUUUGAUUUAGAAAGACGCAUUACUGUUUCACUUAAUGGAAACUUAAAUGGCAACAGUCGGAUGGAAUUUAAAUUACAUGGUGUGGAGCAUUCUUCUUCCAGUUGAGACAAAGCAUUUUUAAAAAAAAAGUUUUUGGAGAGCUUUUGUAUGGCUUUUAAAAUAUGAGAUAUGUUUUUUGCUAAGCCUUCGCCUGUAACUUGUCACAUACUGUUGUUGACUCUUUUGUCCUGCAUAAAA